AUGUCAUGGCAACGGAACUUUAAGGAAAAAUGGCAUUUAACAGGCUUCCUUGUCAUUGGUUUACUGACGGAUGUGGCAUUAGGAGAAGGAAAACUUUCGAUCAGUUUGUUGAAUUAUAAUAAUGAUUGGGCCACGGACUUUAAUGGACAUUGCUGUGAUGGUUUCAGCCUUGGUGGAACGGGAUGUUUUCAGGGGUUGUGUGACCACCGGAUAACCAUAUGCGUGUCAGAUCCCCAUAGUCCGGCGUAUUUCUGUGAUAUUGGUACAAGAUACAUUAUUGCCCCAGCAGACGAAAAUGUAAACACAUUUACAUCAGCAGAUACACAGCAGUUCUCUCUCAAAACAUGGCCAAGCGGAGGAUCGGUUCAAGUUGUAGUGACUGUAGAAGAUGUGGACAAAAAUGUUACCACUGGAGAGCUGACUUAUCAACAGGUGGAUACUCUACAAACGACUCUCAGUGUCGGAACACCAGACUUCAAUGCUUCACUAACCGUGCCUACAGAAUUAAACUUGACUGGUACAAGAAAUACUCAUGAACCUCCAACAAGGUUGGCUUUGAGUUACUCUGUGGCUUAUGAGACUUACGACAGUUACUACAUGCCGAUUGGUCAUAACAAAUCCUGUAGAGGUGUCAACGAAUGCGGAAACCACUACAUGUGUACGACUGAUAAACAUACCGCAUGUCUGUUUGGAUGGGAGGGUCCAAAUUGUAACACACCCACUCCAGGGGGACGGGCUGACUGUAGUGUUGACACAGACCUUGAUGUGUUUAUACCUGGAGAGUGGAGAGGAGAGUACCGUUGCCCGUCAGACUGUGGUUUAAACACCACGGUGACACUGAAAGUGACCCAGUCUGCGUCCAAUGAGAUAUCCGGCGACUUGUUCAUACAUCAGCAGAGAAUUCCAGUGACUGGUUCAUACGCGUCGUUCACUAAAUACCUCACACUACAGAAUAAGCAGCCUAUGGUGACCCAUGUAGGCGGACAGGAGUUCUACCAGCUAGAACUUAACGGAAAACUAACAUCCUCGUUGAAUAUGAUGGGAGCUUUCAUGUUUGUAUCAAACCAACAAAAAGCAUCGUGUCAUGGUUUUGAUAGUAACUUGAAAGAAACAUGUGUCAUGGACCUUAGAAGAACAACCGCGUAUUUCGAUGGUUGCAAUGGUCACGGAACAUGUUGGAGAUAUGGUCCACAUAGGAAUGACUACAUGUGCUGUUGUGAAAAAGACUAUGCUGGAGACAGGUGUGAAACCCACCUUACCACUACCACAACCACGACGACAACAACCACCACUACUACCACAACCACAACAACGCCAACACCAACAACAACCAAGCCAUCGACCUCAACUACAACUUCCACCACUACUACACCAUCAACAACAACAAGUACAACAACCCCAUCCACGACAUCUACCACGUCAACUGCUGCACCAACAAGUUCCAGUACUGUAAAGGCAACACCCUCUACUGAACCAUCAACCAAAAGAACUUCAACUACCAGUAGACCAUCUACUUCUACCAAGGCAUCUACAGUAGCUUUAACCACAUCUUCAACGACUGUUUCGACAUCAACUGCUGCUGCUACUUAUUCAACGAGUACAGUGGCAUCAACAAGUAAACCAACAUCAACCCUAAGAUCCACAGCAGUUGCUUCAACUUUACCAACCACAAGUUCAACAGCUUCCACAUCAACAUCCACACAGGCAUCUACAAGCACAUCUACCAGUACAUCUACAAGUACAUCUACGUCAACUUCAACUUCAACGAGUACUUCUACUACUACACCAUCAACCACAACUUCGACAACUCGGCCCACCACACAGUCAACCACCAAACUGACAACACCGACUACAGUCACAACUUCAUCAACAACAUCAAGUACAGUAACUACACCGACAACCACCAGAACAACAAAGACAUCAGCCACUACCCCAGCAACAGUUGCCAUGACAACGAGCACUCAAAUGUCGACGGUAUCUUGCACUCCAGCUCAUAACUGUAGCGUGCACUAUGCCUGUGGACCCCAGGGUCAGAAGAUUUGUGCCCCAGGAUGGACAGGGGCGCAGUGUGACCAACAAAUUCACAACGGAGCGGCUGACUGUGAUGUGUAUGACUUGGAUGUAUUUUUACCGAGUGAAUGGAGCGGCAACUACACAUGUGACGAUGACAAUACUGAAAUCCGAUUCGUUAUCAACAUCACAAAAUCUUCCUCAACUAUCGGUCUACAGGGCGACAUGUAUAUCGGUCAGGAACAACUAGAUAUGGUUGGAUCGUUCGCAUCUUAUUUCCGAAUAUUUGCCCUCCAGAGCAAUGACGUAAUUAGCAGUCAGAUUUCAAAUCGUAACUUCACAAAGGUGGAGUUAAAUGGCAAAGUCCAGAGCUCUGUGUUUAUUGAUGGAGCGAUUAUAUUUCUGGAAGCUUCAGGCAAAAAGACAUGCCCGAUGGAAUUGAGAAGACAAGCUGUAUUUACAGCAAUAAACUGGUGUAACGGCCAUGGCAGCUGCCAGAGAUAUGGACCCACGAAAGAGGCAUUCAUGUGUUGCUGUGAUCAGAAAUACACAGGUGAUCAUUGUGAGACAGAAAUAACGACAUCUACAAGUACGACUACCACAACAACGACUACACAGCCAACAACGACCAUUACCCCAUGUAGUCCGAUGGAUAACUGCACCUCGCACUAUACGUGUGGACCACAGGGACAAAAGAUCUGCAGGGCAGGAUGGACAGGGGCAAACUGUGAUAGUCUUAUAGCAGAUGGACCUGCAGACUGUGAUAUCUUUGAUCAGGAAGAAUUUAUUCCUAGUGAAUGGGAUGGGAAUUACACCUGUGAAGAUGACAGGAAGCUUGUUGUAUUCCGAAUGAACAUCACCAGAUCUACCAGCAGCAUUGGGACAGUCGGCGAUCUUCUGAUCGACAGUUCAGUGAUAGCUGUAUCUGGCUCAUUUGCAUCUUUCUUCAAGACGUUUACGUUGCAGGGUCAGGAUUGGGUGGCACAAGAUAUUUUCAGCCGUAAUUUUACCAACGUGGAGUUGAAUGGAAGGUUGAUGACGUCAAUAUAUAUAACAGGGAAAAUUAUUUUUUCACAGGGAAGUGGUACCUACACAUGUGAUAUGGAGCUUAGAAGAAAAGCAGUAUACAUGGAUUGGUGCAGCUCCCAUGGGACAUGUUUCAGAAAUGGUAAAAAACGGGAUCAGUUCACUUGUUGCUGUGAUGCAGGUUACACUGGCCAAACAUGUAAUUCAAAAGUAAUUGCACGACGAUCUACGCAUCUUACCACCCAGACAACACAAAGACCAACGAUUCCUACAACUACACUGGCACCAAAGCCAUGUGUAUCUAACGUUAAUAACUGUUCUAUGCAUUAUGAGUGUAAUGCUCACAGGGAGAGAAUCUGCAUUGAUGGUUACACCGGGAGGGACUGCGAUCAGAUAAUACCUGGUGGCGUGGCUGAUUGCGAUGCUUUUGACUGUACGUAUUUCAUGUGA